CUUCCGACCUCAAAGGUGAACCACGUCGUGGGUGACAUACGGCUGCUCACAACGAUGCACAAUAAUUAUUCGCAAAAUUCUCGUUCACCACCUCUUCAUCACCCGCAACCCACACAUCCACCAUAUGACAUUCCAGAACCACCAGGGACGCCUCCAGUUGGCUACAUGCGCUACCAAAGUUCCUCCCAAGUCCCGUAUACUUCUCCACUGCCCAACGUCGGCCCCCCUCCUUCACAGCAACCGCAGCAACCAUUUGGGCGUAGCCAACCUCAAUUCCAGUCAUUUAUCCCGCCCGUGCCUCAGCAGCUGGCUGCGUGGGGAGUGAAUGAUGCAACAGCGCAAAUAGGUAUGCAGUUUGGCCGAAGUGCUGUUGCUGCUGGUCAAGAUUAUGUGGAGAAGAAUAUUGGUACUUACGUGCCCCGCGCGUUAUUGAAACAUCAGUUCAAUGUUUCCAAUCAAUAUGUCCUCAGUAAACUGCGACUUGUCCUCUUCCCAUGGCGACACAAACCAUGGUCGCGUCAAAUUACCAAGGCAGAUGCGACAGGACCGGGAGGGGGUUGGAAGCCACCGAGGGAAGAUAUUAACAGUCCAGAUCUCUACAUUCCAUCCAUGGCAAUCGUCACCUACAUUUUGCUGUGCUGCCUCUACGCGGGGUUACAAAAACGAUUCAAUCCAGAACUGCUUGGCGUAACAGCAUCAAAAGCGUUUGGAGUGAUUAUAACUGAUUUCUUCGUCAUUAAACUGGGUUGCUACCUGCUAGCUAUAUCAGGCCCGGGGCAGGUGAUUGAUAUCUUUGCAUAUUCUGGGUAUAAGUUCGAGGGGAUUGUGGUUGCAUUGUUGGCACGGCUUUUGGGGCUGCGAGGGCUCUUGUAUGGGAUUGUUUUCUGUUACACAUGGCUCGCCAACGCUUUUUUUAUGCUGCGGUCAUUGCGCUAUGUGGUUCUUCCUGACCCUCGUAUUUCGCCUCCAGACGUGUCGGUGUCGAACUCGCAUACAGUAAAUCAUACGCAACGGAGCCACCGACGGAAUUUUCUGUUUUUCGUGGCUGCCAGCCAAGUACUGUACAUGUGGUUUCUGUCGGUGUAAUUAGAUGGAAGUGCGAAUGCCACUCUGGUUUGUUUGUUC